AUGGAGGCCUCCUUCGGCCCCACCUUCUCAGCCGUGGUUCCUGGAGCUAAAACGGAAGCUUCCGGUACCUACAAGCAGCACCGUCGUACCCCCUCCUCCUCCAGUACCCUCACAUACUCACCACGAGAUGACGAGGAUGGCAUGCUCCCCAUCAGCACCCCGAGGCGUUCUGACUCUGCCAUCUCGGUGCGUUCCCUCCUGUCUGAGUCCAACAUGUCUCUCCGCUCAACCUUCUCUCUUCACGAGGACGACGACGACACGGAGCCCCUGGUGUUUGCAGAGCAGCCGUCAGUGAAGCUGUGUUGUCAACUCUGCUGCAGCGUCUUCAAAGAUCCUGUCAUCACCACCUGUGGGCACACCUUCUGCAGACGAUGUGCCUUGGCCUCCGAUAAGUGUCCGGUGGACACGGCUAAGAUGACGGUGGUGGUGAACAACAUAGCGGUAGCAGAACAGAUAGGGGAGCUCUUUAUCCACUGUAAAUACGGCUGCCGUCUCUUAAACACCAGCCCCACUUCUCCUAACGGGGCCGGUGGAGGGGCUUCCCCUAACGGGGCCGGUGGAGGGGCUUCUCCUAACGGGGCCGGUGCUACUGCUGGUAGGGGUGAAGGGACACCUAAGAUGGGAGUGUCUGGGAGCUUUGAGGUGGAUCCAAUGGGCUGUCCUUUUACCAUCAAGCUCACCACACGCAAGGAGCACGAGGUGAGCUGUGACUACCGUCCAGUGCGCUGUCCCAACAACCCCUCCUGCCCUCCUCUACUCACCAUGAACCUGGAGGGACACCUUAAGGAAUGUGAACACAUCAAGUGCCCUCACUCCAAAUACGGCUGUACGUUUAUAGGUAACCAGGAUACGUAUUCCACCCAUCUGGACCUGUGUAAGUUUGAAGGCCUGAAGGAGUUCCUGCAGCAGACAGAUGACAGGUUCCAUGAGAUGCAGGUGACCCUGUCUCAGAAGGACCAGGACAUUGCCUUCCUGAGGUCCAUGUGAGGGAAACUGUCUGAGAAACUAGACCAGCUGGAGAAGAACCUGGAACUGAAGUUUGGUAUGACUGAAGGGGAAGGGGUGUACGGGUUACCGGGUGUGUGGCGUACGGGGUACCGGGUGUGUGGCGUACGGGGUACCGGGUGUGUGGCGUACGGGGUACCGGGUGUGUGGCGUACGGGGUACCGGGUGUGUGGCGUACGGGGUACCGGGUGUGUGGCGUACGGGGUACCGGGUGUGUGGCGUACGGGGGUACGCGGGUGUUGUGGCGUACGGGUCGGGUACCGGGUGUGGGGGCGUACGGGAGUGUGGGGGGCGUAUGGGAUACAGGAUGCAGGGCGUACGGGAUGCAGGGCGUACGGGAUACGGGAUGCGGGGCGUACGGGAUACGGGAUGCGGGGCGUACGGGGAUGCGGGAUGCGGGGCGUACGGGAUGCAGGGCGUACGGGAUACGGGAUGCAGGGCGUACGGGAUGCGGGAUGCGGGGCGUGCGGGAUGCGGGGCGUGCGGGAUGCGGGGCGUACGGGAUGCGGGAGUCAGGGUGUACUGGAUGCGGGAUGCAGGGCGUACGGGGAUGCAGGGCGUACGGGAUGCGGGGCGUACGGGAUGCGGGAUGCAGGGCGUACGGGAUGCGGGGCGUACGGGAUGCGGGAUGCAGGGCGUACGGGAUGCGGGAUGCAGGGCGUACGGGAUGCGGGAUGCAGGGCGUACGGGAUGCGGGAUGCAGGGCGCGUCCCUCCUCCAGCCUAUGACCCCCAGCAGAUCUUUAAAUGUAAAGGGACGUUCGUAGGUCACCAGGGGCCAGUCUGGUGUCUGUGUGUCUACUCUACAGGGGACCUGCUCUUCUCUGGCUCCUCGGACAAAACCAUCAAGGUGUGGGAUACCUGCACGACCUAUAAAUGUCAGAAGACUCUGGAGGGUCAUGAUGGAAUCGUGCUGGCACUGUGUAUACAGGGGAACAGACUGUAUAGUGGCUCAGCUGACUGCACCAUCAUAGUGUGGGACGUCCAGACCCUGCAGAAGGUGAACACUAUCCGUGCCCAUGACAACCCGGUGUGUACGCUGGUGUCCUCCCACAGCAUGCUGUUCAGCGGAUCCCUGAAGGCCAUCAAGGUGUGGGACAUAGUGGGGACAGAGUUGAAGCUGAAGAAGGAGUUAACAGGACUGAACCACUGGGUUCGUGCUCUGGUGGCGUCUCAGAACCACCUCUACAGUGGAUCAUACCAGACCAUCAAGAUCUGGGACAUCCGUUCUCUGGACUGUGUCCAUGUCCUCCAGACCAGUGGGGGCAGUGUCUAUUCCAUCGCUGUCACCAACCAUCACAUCGUCUGUGGCACCUACGAGAACCUCAUACACGUCUGGGAUAUAGAGUCUAAGGAGCAGGUCCGUACCCUAACGGGUCACGUGGGGACAGUGUACGCUCUAGCGGUUAUCUCUACACCAGACCAGACCAAGGUGUUCAGCGCCUCCUAUGACCGCUCACUCAGGGUGUGGAGCAUGGACAACAUGAUCUGUACCCAAACCCUUCUCAGACACCAGGGGAGUGUAACUGCCCUGGCCGUCAGCAGGGGGCGCCUCUUCUCUGGAGCCGUCGACAGCACCGUCAAGGUGUGGACAUGUUAGAGGAUGCUGAUUGGUUGAGAGGUUGCUGUCGAGGAGAGCAGCUGUAUGUUCCCACCUCAGUGGACCACCCUGUGUCAAACGGACCAUAUG